UCUAAGUUCCAGCAGAAACAGGCGGCCUCUUCUAUUGACUACAGCCCUGGCUCCUCAUCCUUUGCCAGAAGAUAAGCACUGCAGACUGACUGUCAAGUGGGCACAGUAGGGGAGCCUAGCAAGACUCCGCUGGGAGGAAAACUCCAAGGACAGAAUUACUGAGGAAAGCUGGGAUGGACCCAAUCCUGAACCUUUCCAUAGAAGCCUGGGUGCUGUUGGCUACCAGCCUGGUGCUUCUCUACAUAUAUGGGACCUAUUCACAUGGGGUUUUUAAGAAACUCGGAAUUCCUGGGCCUAAACCUAUGCCCUUCAUUGGCAAUUCUUUCGCCUACAGUGAUGGGGUAUGGAAAUUUGAUGAAGAAUGCUAUAAAAAGUAUGGGAAAAUAUGGGGGAUUUAUGAUGGCCCACUGCCUCUCAUGGCUAUCACGGAUCCAGAGAUGAUCAAAGCAGUGCUGGUGAAAGAAUGUUAUUCUACCUUCACAAACAGGCGGCCAUUUGGUCCAGUGGGAUUUAUGAAGAAGGCCAUCACCAUAGCUGAGGAUGAAGAAUGGAAGAGAAUAAGAACCUUGCUCUCGCCAACCUUCACCAGUGGAAAACUCAAAGAGAUGUUCCCCAUUGUGAAGCGGUAUGGAGAUGUGUUGGUGAAAAACUUGAGACGAGAAGAAGAGAAAGGGAAGUCCAUCAACACAAAAGAGAUUUUUGGGGCCUACAGCAUGGAUGUGAUCACUGGCACAUCGUUUGGAGUCAACAUCGAUUCUCUCAACAACCCCCAGGAUCCUUUUGUGCAAAAUGCUAGGAAGAUUUUAAAAUUUCGUCGCUUCGAGCCGUUUCUUCUCUCUGUCCUUGUGUUUCCAUUCCUGACUCCAAUAUAUGAGAUGCUAAAUAUGUCCAUUUUUCCAAAGCAGUCAACAAACUUUUUCAAAGAUUUUGUGAAAAGGAUAAAGGAAAAUCGCCUUGAUUCCAGCCAGAAGAACCGAGUGGAUUUUCUCCAGCUAAUGAUGAACACUCAGAACUCCAGAGACAACAAGUCCUGUAAAGCUCUGUCUGAUGUAGAGAUGGUGGCACAAACAGUUGUUUUCAUUUUCGCUGGCUAUGAAACCACAAGCACCUCCAUUUCCUUCAUUAUGUACUUUCUGGCCACUCACCCUCAUGUGCAGAAGAAACUUCAGGGUGAGAUCGAUAGAGCUCUGCCCAAUAAGGCCCCCGUCACCUAUGAUGCCCUGAUGGCGAUGGAGUACCUGGAUAUGGUGGUGAAUGAAUGUCUCAGACUGUACCCCAUUGCUAACAGACUAGAGAGGGUCUGUAAGAAAGAUGUUGAAAUCAAUGGAGUGUUCAUUCCCAAAGGGACCGUAAUGAUGAUACCAACAUAUCCUCUUCAUCGGGACCCAGAGUACUGGCCCGAGCCUGAGGAAUUCUGCCCUGAAAGGUUCAGCAAGAAGAACAAGGACAACAUCAAUCCUUACGUGUACCUGCCCUUCGGAAAUGGACCCCGGAACUGCAUUGGCAUGAGGUUUGCGCUCAUGAACAUGAAACUCGCUGUCAUCAGAGUCCUGCAGACCUUCUCUGUUCAACCUUGUAAAAAAACAGAGAUUCCCCUGAAAUUAAGCAGCCAACCACUUUUGCAGCCAGAAAAUCCCAUCAUCCUAAACAUGCUGUCAAGAGAUAAAACCACAAAUGGAGCAUGAAUAUCCCCUCAGGAUUUCUGCUGUGUUCUCCAAGGAGGCUGUGUCACUGAACACCAGAGAAUUCUAUUUGCUUUUUUUUUUCUUUUGGUCUUUUUGAGAUAGGGUCUCCUUGUAGCCCCAGC